CCCUCCUCCUUUCUUUCCCGUUGGAGCAGCUCAGUCCGGGACUUCGGAAGACCUUUUACGACACUGGGUGUCAGAGUCUGUCUCGGCGCCGGUUCCACUUUUCGGCAAAGUGACGUGGACGUCAACAGCAAUGGCGGAAGGAGAAGAAGUCCUGGCACUACCAACGUCAAGUGGCGACGGCUGGGAAAAAGAUCUUGAAGAAGCUCUGGAAGCAGGAGGUUGUGAUCUUGAAACUUUGAGAAAUAUAAUUCAAGGGAGACCACUGCCUGCUGACUUGAGGGCCAAAGUAUGGAAGAUUGCUCUGAAUGUUGCAGGAAAAGGUGACAGUUUGGCAUCAUGGGAUGGUAUUUUAGAUCUGCCAGAACAGAAUACUAUUCAUAAAGAUUGCCUGGAGUUUAUUGGGACUGUUCCCUGAAAGGGAGACCAUUUCACCUCUUCCGAUUACUCAUCCAAUACCAUGAGCCUGAGCUUUGUUCUCUUCUUGAUACAAAGAAAAUUACUCCAGACUCCUAUGCACUCAACUGGCUUGGAAGCCUUUUUGCAUGUUACUGUUCCAUUGAAGUCACUCAGGCAAUAUGGGAUGGAUAUCUACAACAAGCAGAUCCAUUUUUUAUUUAUUUCUUAAUGUUAAUAAUUCUUGUUAAUGCAAAAGAAGUUAUUUUAGCACAAGAAUCAGACAGCAAAGAAGAAGUUAUCCAGUUCUUGGAAAAUACACCAUCCAGUUUGAAUGUAGAAGACAUUGAAGACCUUUUUUCUCUGGCUCAGUAUUAUUGCAGUAAAACACCAGCCUCUUUUAGGAAGGAUAAUCACCAUCUCUUUGGUAGUACUUUGUUGGGAAUUAAGGAUGAUGAUGCAGAUCUGAGUCAGGCUCUUUGUUUGGCCAUCUCAGUGUCAGAGAUCCUUCAAGCAAAUCAGCUGCAAGGAGAAGGAGUCCGAUUCUUUGUGGUGGAUUGCCGUCCUGCGGAACAGUAUAAUGCUGGUCAUUUAUCAACUGCUUUCCACUUAGAUUCUGACCUGAUGCUCCAGAAUCCAUCCGAGUUUGCACAAUCAGUAAAAUCCUUGCUGGAAGCACAGAAGCAGUCCAUUGAGUCUGGCUCCAUAGCUGGUGGGGAGCACCUCUGUUUUAUGGGUAGUGGCAGAGAAGAAGAAGACAUGUAUAUGAAUAUGGUUCUGGCACACUUUUUACAGAAAAACAAAGAAUAUGUGAGUAUUGCCAGUGGAGGAUUUAUGGCACUGCAACAGCACCUGGCAGACAUUAAUGUGGAUGGACCAGAAAAUGGAUAUGGUCAUUGGAUUGCUAGUACCUCAGGCUCAAGGAGCAGCGUCAAUUCUUCCAUUGAUGGUGAAUCUUCUAAUGGCUCAAAUGAUAGAGGAGUGAAAUCACUAGUAAAUAAAAUGACUGUGGCUUUGAAGACAAAAUCUGUUAAUGUUAGGGAAAAAGUUAUCAGUUUUAUUGAGAAUACAUCUACUCCUGUGGACCGAAUGUCUUUCAAUCUUCCUUGGCCAGACAGAUCAUGUACAGAGCGGCAUGUGAGCAGCAGUGACAGAGUGGGCAAGCCUUACCGUGGUGUAAAGCCAGUUUUCAGCAUUGGGGAUGAAGAGGAAUACGACACAGAUGAAAUUGACAGUUCGUCGAUGUCAGAUGAUGAUAGAAAAGAGGUUGUAAACAUCCAGACUUGGAUAAACAAGCCAGACAUCAAGCAUCAUUUUCCUUGUAAAGAAGUAAAAGAAAGUGGACACAUGUUUCCUAGUCAUCUGUUGGUUACUGCAACACAUAUGUACUGUUUACGAGAGAUUCUUUCGCGGAAAGGAUUGGCGUAUAUACAGUCUCGACAAGCACUAAAUUCUGUAGUUAAAAUUACAUCCAAAAAAAAACAUCCUGAGCUAAUUACUUUCAAGUAUGGAAACAGCAGUGCUUCAGGAAUAGAAAUCUUGGCAAUUGAAAGGUAUUUGAUUCCAAAUGCAGGGGAUGCCACCAAAGCCAUAAAACAACAGAUCAUGAAAGUUUUGGAUGCUUUGGAAAGUUAAUAUAAAAGAAAAUUAUGAAAUUAAGGCAACCAAGAAAAACAUGAAUAUAUGUAUUUCCUGACUGAAUACUAAACAAAGACCUGUUUUUUGCUCAUGGGGGUGCUUGAUUAGCAGAUCUAAGAAAAUGUAAAUUAUUAUAAUCAACCUCUGGACAGUUAACCUUUUUAAAAAUUUAUUUUGCAUUUUUGGUUUUAUAAAAUGAUUUAUUAUAAAGGUCAGUUAUCAAGUGACUGAAGUAACUGGCCCUGUGCCCUGAUGGAGUAGGGGUACAGAAUACAGUUCUGUUUUGAAGAGCUGUUUUAAGGGAACAUGCAUCACUUCCAGGUUUAAAAGCAACCACACACAUCUGUUUGCAGUGUCUUCACUGAAAAUUGGAAGUAAAAUUAGUUGAAGAGACUUCUUUAACUGCUCCAUUUAGUUUUUUCCACUGAUUAGUAUCCAAAACCAAAAACGUAAAUAGCUUAACUAUUUGUUAUUUUUUUAAAAAGCGUGAAAUCUUUUUGAGAAAUGGAUCAAGAUUCCAGCCAACUCAAAGCAUAGUCCCAGCUAUUAAAAUGUUGAAACUCAAGUUCCAGUCACCUUUGCUCCAUUAUCUAAUUUUUUGGACAUUAAGUGCUUCAGAAGUACUAAGCUUCAUCCUACAAUUUUCUAAGGGAGCAGUUAAUAGCAUUGUAAGAAGUAAUAGAUAUGUUAAGAUUAAAGUGAACCUCUUGAGCACAGAAUUAUAUCUGUAAAGAUGUCAUUGGUCUUUACUACAAGUCUAGUAUUUGAUUUAGGAUAUUUCAAGACAGGUGUUGAGCACACAUUGAUUUAUCCUCAUUGAGAUUAUGUCUGUGAGCACAUUAUUAUCUACUUAAUAAUAAGCCAAAUAAUCAGAGAGCUGUGUAAACUACAAUUGUUUUUAUCAUCACUUUCCAAAUUUUUCUUUCUCUUCAGUUGGUUUUGUCUUCUCCUUAAAGUUCUAGUAGUUUGAAACUAUUUUUAUUCUUUUAAUGUGACAAAACUGAAAAGUUAUAUACUUUAUUUUGCAGCUUUCUCAAUUUAGUUUACUGCAGUCCAUAUUAGACACCUUCAGUGAGUGAAAUAAAUCUAGGAACACAUUUGGGUCUUUGGAUGAUUUUUUUGGUAAAAUCUAUUAGGGAAGUGGUAACUACUCACCAUCUGCCAUGUCCUAAAAUGUAAUGGAUUAUCCUUAAGGGGUUGAUAGGAGAAAUAUUCAGUUGUACCCUGUUAACAGCCAGUUUUUUUUUAAUUUAUUUAAUAGAAUCAAGUAAAUAAGUAUUCAAAGCAUUUUGUUCUGAUAUCUAAAUAAAAAGUUUGGUUGAAGACAUUUGCAUGAAAUUGCACCUGGUACAAUAUUUGAUAUUUAUAACUCCCUAAAACUCUUGUAUUGCGUUUUUUUCCCUUUCCUUUACCAAUCCCUUUAGAAAUGUCCUGAAUCUUUCUCUCUCUCUCUCUUUCUUUCUCUCUCUUUUUUUUUUUUUUUUUGCCCAUUUCAGCCAUGGGACUUUUUUCAUAAUAUUAUUGUAAAAAUGUUUGUGUUACUGUUUAUAAAUUACAACUGUAAAUAAACAAAUACAGUUUGCUCAAAACUUUGUUCUUAAAGGACAGUGUCUCUCUCCUCUUCCCACCACCCCCACCCCCAGCUUGUAAAUCUUUAGAUGCCACAAUGAAAAUUAAAGGCUAUUUUAGUAGAAUUUUAAGUGUUCAGAUUUCUGGUUUGUAAAAUCAGAUUUCCAUUUUUGUUUAUCUAGAAAAGGAGAGGGAAAAGAGUUAACUUAAAAAUAAUGACAUUAAAUUCUACUUAUAGUAAAUUGAAUACUACCUAGAGGUAUUUAACUUUUGUUAACUUGUUUUCUCAUCUAAAUAACACCACAGUCAAGACUAUUAAAUGAAAAUACAUUUCAUCGAAUGUUUUGGGCAGUUAUGUAGCUCGUCCUCCUUGUACUGGCUCACUGACCACAGAACUAGGAUUCACUGUGAGGUGUCCACUUCUUAGGAACUCAUGAGAAUUGCAGAAUUUGUAACAUUGUGAGGUUGGUAUUAUUUUCCAUAUUUUGAAGAUGACAUCGAAUCAGUGAAAAGGGAAGGCAUCCCCUGUUCUCUCCCCACUCCCUGAGAAUGAUUGCUUCUUAAGCUAUAAAAUUAAAUCUCUAUGUAGAACUGAUGCCACUUGCCCACCAUUAAUAGCAUGUUUUUGUAAGGUUGAUAAAUUUAUACUGAUAAACUCAA